AUGAGCCCUCCAAGCACCACAGACGUACUGAUUAUUGGAGCUGGUCCCAUGGGCCUUCUGACUUCCAUUGGUCUUGCCAAGCAAAGCAUUGACACGAUCGUGCUAGACAAACGAGAGCGCAACGUACAAGUCGCCACUGGCCGCGCCAGUACGCUCUAUCCUCGCUCUCUGGAGCUCCUCGAGCCCCUAGGUGUGACUGGUGACCUGCUCCAGAAGGGAUUCGUGGCCCGAAAUAGCGUCAACUUCAAGAACGGCUCGAGAGUCAACGAACGUGGCUGGAACGACAUGUUUGAUCACCUCAAGCUUAGCUACCAUGACUACGUUUUGAACAUUCGCCAAUGUAACUCUGAGGAGGUCUUUCUCUCCCACUACGAAAAGUGUGGCAAAUCUGUUUGGUAUGGUUGGAAAUUAGUGGCUUACAGCAUCGACACCUCUCUCAACGAUGGAUUUCAUAUCACUGCUGUCCUUGAACACCCAACCAAGGGUCAAAGUCAUGUUCGCAGCAAAUAUCUCCUUGGAGCUGACGGGGGGUCGUCAUCUGUCCGACAACUAAGCGAUAUCACCAUGGACUUCCAAUCGACCAGUUAUGAAUGGAUCCGAAUCGAUGGGAAAAUGACAACAGAUAUGCCGGGCGCUUCCCUCGGUUUUGCCUCUAUCGAGACAGAGCAUCAUGGGAACGUCUUAUGGGUCAAACUGGAGGGAGAUGCCAAUCGCAUCGGAUAUGCUUUAACCCCGCAUCUUCUGGCUAAGUAUCCCAACGGCAUCACGGAGAGUGAAGCUGUCCAGGAAGCCAUCGAUUCUGUCAAGCCAUUUAAGCUGCAAGUUGAUAGACUUGACUGGUGGACCCAUUACAAGAUUCGACAGGGAGUUACACAGUUGUUCCGAAAGGACAAAUAUGUCCUGCUCGGUGGAGACGCUGCUCAUAUUCAUUCCUCUGGAUUUGCCCAAGGCAUGAAUACUGGCAUCCACGACGCCACUAACCUGGUCUGGAAGUUGGCUGGAGCCGUCAAAGGCUGGUACAAAGAUUCAGUCCUCGACACGUAUCAUACAGAGCGACAUGCAGCAGCGACACGACUGAUUGAAAUUGAUACAGAAGCUUCGAGUGUCAUUUCUGGUGUUAUCCCUCCACGAUGGGAGUCCCUGGGGCUCACCCCCGAUGAGAUUUUAUGGAAAACCUGGACCGAGAACAUCAGCUUCAACGUUGGGCUGGGUGUUUCAUAUUCCAAGUCAGUCAUUAAUCAUACUACUCGUGAUACUUGCCUGGAGACUGGCAAACGUUGUCCUGAUGCCCUGAUUCGUGGUCCGGGCAUCAACGUUCCUCUGCGUCUCUACGAUACUCUUCUGCAGGACGGAACCCCCGGUCGCUGGAGUAUCGUAGUGUUUGCCGGUAACACCGCACUAACAAAAAAGGGUUUCGAAACCGUUAGGAGCAGUUUGGAGAAGGUGGCAGACUCACACCAAGACAUGGUUCGUCUUGUAACCAUCGUGGCUGGUUGUGCGGGGAGUGCUUGGUCCGCUCUCGACGGACCUGCUCUAGGUAAUUGCUACUUUGACGGAGAUGGAAGCGCCCACGGACAGUAUGGAGUAGACCUGGCUGCAGGAGCUAUCGUUAUUAUACGUCCGGAUACUAUUCUUAGUUUUGCAACGGGCUUUAGCGAUGUUUCUAGUAUAGCAGAUUACUUUACUCAGUUUAUUGAUUAUAUUUAG